CCGUCACCUGCAACGGCUGCGCCACCGGCAGCGACAACGGAUCGUUGCUCCGGCAACGGCUCCCGGCGGCGAGGGGCGGCGGGCACAGCGUUAAAUCAAAAUGGCAUCAUCAUCAAAAGCAUCCUUUUCUUUACCUGUACAUGACUGUACUGCUCCUUCAUUGGACUUUGAUCUUCAGGAAAAGUUUAUUCUUCACACUCUUGAGGGAAAAAUACGUGUGCCACCUGGAGAAACAGGAAAACUGUGUUCACUGACUCAGCCAGAUAAAAAGGAUUGUCACAGAACUACAAAAGCCAUCCAAGAUGAGAAGUAUUUUACUGAGCUGAGCAAAGAAUCUGACAGUCUAGAACACCAAGUAAGAAAACAUUUAAACAGUAAAAACAUUGACACUUGGAUGCAGGAGCUAUGUGAAAGUGAAAUUCAGAAUACUAAUCUCAGGAAAAAAAUACUUGAAAGGGAGAAACAGAUUAAAGAACUUUCAUCCAUGCUCCAGUGUGAAAAAAUCAAGGUACAGAAAGGGGACUACCUGUCAAGAUCAGUAAAGGAAGUACAAGCUCACCUGCAGCAUCAGAUUGAAAGAAAAGAAGCAGAAAAUUAUGAAUUAAAAGUGAAAAUACAGACUCUAGAAAAUAAAAUAGCAGAGUGGAAACAUCAAAUUGUUGAAUACAAGGGCCAGAAGUUAGCCUUAAAGGAAAGAAGUGAGCAAAAGAAGAUAGCUCUGGAAAAAGCAAAAAGGUUCCAGAAACAACGAGCUCAACACUUAGAAGAAGCUGUGAAAGAUGUAACCUCUAAAAUAAAAGAACAUGAAGUCAAACUGCAUGAGAUACUGUCAGCCUCUGAUGUCUGGAAAAACCAGCACGAUAGAAUAGUUGAAGAAAAGACAAUGCUAGAAGUUCAAAUUGAAGCUCUUGAGAAGCAGAUCAGAGACCUGAUGGAAGACAUGGAAAAAAGGGAGGAAUGGAGAAGAAACUCAGAAGAGGAAAUUCUUGGAAAGCUAAAUUCUCUUAACUCUGAAAAUGAAAAGAUUUACCUUGAAAACAAAAAAUUAAAGGCUUCCCUUGCUAUGCUGGAGAAAAGUACAAUGUCUGUUGAAUAUGAGUUGCUACAUAUGCAAGAAAAAGCAAAGCUGCAGGAAAACCUUGUAGAACACCAUAAAUAUGAGGUACAAAAAAAACAAAUUGCAGUGGAAGAAUUGAAAUCCAGAUGUGAAACAGUCUUAAAGGAAAACAAAAAAAUAACAGAAAACAAAUGCUUAGAAGCAGAUAAGUUGAGGCACAAAAUGGAGGCCGAGUUAAAGGAGUUAAAACACGUUUGUGACUUGCUGAAAGCAGCUGAGGAAAACCAGCAAAAGCUUCUGGCCUGGGAAAGGAUCUGUGCAGAGAAAUGCAAAACCCUCAGGGAGCUGGAGCUUCAGCCUGAAAAUGAAUUUUCCUCUACUCUUUUCUUCUCUGACAUCAAUUUCUAUGGCAGGGAUAAACAUAGUGUAACUUUUAUGGGCAAUCUUUGCUUAGAGGAAGAGAUCUGUAACAUUCAGAAGAAAUAUGAAGAUCUUCAAAGGCAAUUAGGGCAGAUGGAAUAUCAGAGUGAAGAACUUGCUUACCAGCUCACAAAAGAAGAUGAGAUUCUUCAGAGUAGUAAAUUGCAGCUUGAAGAGAAAAUUGCAGAAUAUAAUGCAUUAACCAGGCAACUUGAAUCUGCUUUGGAAGAAGGGAAAAAAAUGGUAGCUGAAGAAUGGGAAAAAAUGUCAUACAAAGAGCAAGCCUUUCAGACAAAACUGCUACUUCUUGAAGAUGAAGUGAGAAAGAGGCAAGAACAAAAAAAACAUCUCCUCUUCUUAUUUCACCAUAAUGAAAAGCACUAUGAAGUACAUUUGAAAGAACUGGAGAACAGCCUACAGAAGUCAGUGAUCAAGAACCAGAUGAUCCAGAAUUAUGUGCAGUUUUUGAAAGAUGCAUAUGUAAUAAUGUUUAGCUGAAUUCUUUAAUCAAUUUUAUAGUAAAGAAACUUGUCAAGAUUUGGCUCCCAGUCUUGUCAGAGGCAAAGCCAUUGAGGCCAUACAUUAAAUGUCAGAUUAAAUUUUUUUAAGUUAAUUCUUCCCUAGGAAAACAUCUGUUGUGGGCAGGAGAAACAGGUCAGUCAUUGCUGUAUAUCCUGCUGGCUGGUCCCAGAGGGGAAUGGAGCUGAUGUUCCUGACAGAAACCAUUGUGUUAUCCAUGGCAUAGCAGUGCAAAGGCCAAGUGCAUGACAGCAGCAGCAGGUGUAGGGUAUGCACACAGAAUUGGUCUGUGAAUGUGCUGGGCUGUAAAAUCAUACCUGAGUCCUUUUAGCCCAUGGUAAAUGCAGGUGAUCACAGAUUAUCUUUCAAUUCAAUAUCUAACAUACUAAAACAGGCAAAAAUUGAGAACAUUAGGUUUCUUACCCUUUUUGCCCUACAGUUUAGCCUCAGUAUAGCCCUACAUUAUGUGGGAGAGUAGCCACCACAGGGCUGUCGCAUCCAGCCAUUUUCCUCUACAUCUUAUCAUUAUGCUUAGGAAUACACUAUACUAGUAGGAAAAUUUUUUAGAUACAGGUAUAGUUUAAGCUCUGAAUGUGCUGAUAUACCCUGGUGACAGAGCUACAGUGAGAUAUUUAAGUAUUUGUUUGAGUUCAAGAGCUGCUGUUGAAUAAGAUUGACUUGUGCCUUAAGUAAAACACAUGUAAAUAUUCAGCUGAUACAGGAUUAAUACAAGAAAAAAUUCUUGAUUUAAUUUCAGUUCUAAAUUCUAAUUAGUUUUGUAGAUAUAUGCUAUGAUAUGUUUUUUAAAAAUAGUACAUUCAGUUAAAUAGUACAAAAUAGUACAAAAAUAGUACAUUCAGUCUGUGAUUUACAAUGUGUACUUAAAUAAUAUAUAUUUUUUGACCAAAACCUUAAGUUUGUUUAUGCAUAGACAAUACCCAUUCCAUUUCAUUGUUAGUUAUUAGUAAUAUAUUGAAUAUGGACCUCUUUUUUGCAAGUGCUUAUCCAUCUUAACAAAUACUGAUGUGUGCUAAUGAUCUGUUUCUGUGAAAUUUCCUAAAAUAAAAUUGUCAUUAAUUCUA